AUGGAAUCUGACGAUAUAAAUGAAAAUCAGAAUUUAACAAGCUUAGAACAAAUCAUGAAAAACCAACUAUCAGGGGAUACCACUGUUGAAAGCACAAAUACAGGAAGAACAGAGACAGCCGGAUUAGUUUCAAAAUCAGCAUCUGAGUUGCUUCAAGGCAUGAUUCAGUAUGCUAAGUCAGCAUCUGAGAAUACUAAAGAAGCAUCUUCAAAGGGUAUAUCGAUUAAAAUCAGCAAAAGCAAAACUUACUCUGGUACCAAAUUUUCUAUAGUCAACCAUCCCCUACUACACACAGAGACACCUGUUGGAAAAGAUCAAGGAAAUUACUCAGAAAGACAGAUCAACAGUCUGGUGGAACAAGUUAGUCCUAGCACAGAAACAGUGUGGAGUACCAAAUCAAAGAUGUUAUCAAGAGUAGCAGACAAGCCACUUUCUGAUAGUGGUCUAUUGCAAAUACCAGUGAAAGUGCCACACUCUGCUAGCUUAAAGACUUCAACUGUAGGUGUCACUGAGUUUCCUGUCAGCAGUGAAUCAGUGCCAGACAGAUCAUCACAGUUGCUGCCAAAUGUCCUUUCCAAUCCCACACAGUCUACAUUUUUGCCAACAACUUACUCAUGUGUCUAUGUGCAGGAUCGUAAUAACGGUAGCCAGAAUAAAGUAGCAUUCUUAGUACCACAGGUUUCCUUGAAGACAGAUUUGAAUUACCUAGCUGAUCUCACAUCAUCAAUAUUAUCUAAAACACCAAUGACAGAACCUCAAACACCUGUUACAAGUGCUUUCUCAGGAUCAGUUGCAUCUUCUGCAGAAAUUUCUAAUAACAACAAUGAGAUAUCAUUUAAGGACCGUAUCUCAAAAUUAGUGACAGACACAGUGGAUAGUUUCUACCUGCAGGGAAAUGAUUUGAAAGACAGCAACCUAUUAAAGGUAUCCACCCCCAGAAACAAAGAAUCCUUACUAAAUACAGUGCACUGUUCCGUCUGUGGUGAUGGCUACAUUGAUAAAGACUGUUUAGAUUUUCACCUUAACCGCACAGUUUUUAAUUUGUUAUAUUACUGUUCACAGUGUAAACAGAAACAUACAUUUUACAACAAAUGUUCACUAUGGAUGCAUCUUAGAAAGCUAAAGUCAGACUUAUCACUUAACUACAGUAAUAUCAUAUGGUUAAAGCCGUAUGAAUUCGAUGCAGAGGACAGUAGUGGAAAUGAGAUAAGUGAAGCAGUAGAUAAUGCUUUACUAGAAACGUCUGAGUGUGUAUAUUCUAACUCAGGUGAAUGCAGAGUUGAUGGAACUCCUACCAGUACUACAGCAUCCGUUGAAAAAGUAACAGAAACAGAAUCUGCUUGUCACACAACAGUUUCUACAUCUUCUAGAAAAAGGAAAUCCUCAAGCAACCCAUCACAGUGCCCAAUUUGUGUGCAGUCUUUUUCAGACUUAUCAGCUCAUCUGUGUAGGGCCACAGCAAAACCAUUUCCUUGUUCUUCCUGUGACAUGUUCUUACCCAGUAUUUGUGCACAAGAGGCACAUAUGAACAUUCACAGAGGAGUAGCAAAAAAAAUCUGUUGUCCGGAAUGUGGGGAAAAAGAUUUCACAAUAGUGCAUGAAGGUAAUGAAAUGAGGUGUGUGUUUGACCACGUUGAUGACUGUAAACAUUUCAAUAGAAUCUUAAGCAUACAAUGUUUCUGCAAGCAAGAGUUCAAUGAUGUUGACAGACUGGAAGAGCAUUUGAUGGAACAUCACUUUCGGACCAUUUUUAAAUGUCCUUUGUGUGUCUUAGCUUUCACACAGCGUGAUAACUUUGUACAGCACGCUGCUAAUAUACAUAAAGCCAAAAACACAAACAUCAAGGUAUCAGUGCUUUGUUUGAUCUGCCAGCGUGUUUUAAAAUCAUAUGCCGAGUUAAAGGUACAUCUUGACCAAUAUGUCGACCGCUUUAUAAUUGAUGCAAAAUUCAAGUGGAAAUGUUUUAUUUGCUCAAAGACAUUUUCUGACAAAACUGAAUUAAAUAAGCAUACAGAGGUUGACCAUCCACAUAAAUCUAAACGGUGCACAAACUGCUACAACCUGUUUUGGAGCAGAAACAGCCUCGUAGAACAUAUUUUAAAUUAUUGUAUUGAUGUGCAGGCUGAUGAACCUAAACGAUCUUCAAAGAGUAUAUACUUAAGGAAACUGUUUGAAGUUAACAAGAUGAAUCACGAUGUAGAUAAAACACAGAGGCAGCUUAACCAUGCACCAGUUGUGAAAAAGUAUCCUCUGUUGGUCAAAAUUGCUCCAAAAGUGGUUUCCAAGCCUGGCCAGUCAGUUUUAAGCUUGCAAAGUCAACCACAGCCAGAGAAAAACAUUAAGAUUUCACAGUCAGUUACAAUGCAGAAAGAAACUCCCACAGAGGUUUCAUCUACUGGUAACAAACUGGCAACUCAACCUUGUAAAAUAAUCAUCACAAGUAAAGGAGAUUCUACACCAUUCAGAAAAAGUAUCACCGUCAGCCAGUGUAUGGUGUGUAAGCAGAUUGUGGAGAGCAUAAAGAUGACAGAACAUUUAAAGUUUCAUCAGUCCCAGGGUGUUAUUAUUUGCUGCCAUUGCUUUAAGAGAGAUUUUGCGACUAUAGAAGCGGCCCAGAAGCAUUCUGAGCUGUGUGGUAGCAGUGUGUCGAAGCAGGCAGAAAAGCCAGCAGAAAUAAUGCCUGAGAAUUCCAAGGAGGAUGAUAAGACUCCUGAAGCUAACAGUAAGAGUAGAGAGUCAAAUGGAGAAGAGCCUUCAGUGCAUCAAGAAAUGGAAAAUGAUGAAAAGAGUGUGGAAAAUGAGACACUUAGUGUAUUUCCUUGUCUUGUGUGUGGUUUAGCCUUCCAAAGCUUAUCUGCUAGGGAAGAACAUGUCAGCAGGUCACAUGAUGGCAUCAGAAUUGUCUAUCAUUGUGGCUUGUGCAGAAAGAAAGGGACAACCAAAAUUUUUUCUAGGAAAGAGUUGGUGUCCAGGCAUAUCACUAAGAAACACAGAAUUGGAAACAUGGACACAGUCAACAGGUUUAUUCGGGCAGAAGAACAGAAUGCCAGCAGUGGCCAGAAACUUCAGAUCAGCAAAACUGUUGAAGAUGUUCCUGCUCCAAAGAGGUUACGUUUAGCCGGUGAAGGUGACUACAUGUGUGGCAAAUGUGGUUUCUCUUGUGCUCAGUCACAGGAGUUUUCACAGCACAUCACCUCGCAUAAUUCCAGCAAGGAACCUCAGUGCCCUGAGUGUGGCCUGUGCUUUACCAUAUUUGCUGCCCUGAAGAAACAUUUGCUGGCUGUACAUAAAAUCCAUGCAGUUGAUGAUUACUUGAAGGCUAACAAUGUGGCUGAACCGGAUUUAGAUGAAUUUGAAGUAUUUCCAGAAAUCCAGCCUUAUUAUAAACCUCAGCCAAAAUUUUUGGAUCCUGGCAGGGAGAAAUCAAACACUGCCAGCAAAGUAGCUUCCAGCAAUCCACUUGAAUGUACUGUGUGUUAUAGGGCAUUUGAUGUUGAGGCCAAUUUGAAGACUCACAUGAGGAAUCAUGGGAUGGCUUUCAUUAGGUCAAAACGACAUAAAGUAUAA